AUGAAGGGUCGGAAGGCAGGCGGCUCCAAGCCGCACCACGACGUCACCAUCGUCAAAGACACCGACGACGCCUCUUCUCAUACGGCAGUCACCAUCGACUCAGACUCAGACGCCAGUAGCACAAUCACCCUGGUCGACUUCUUCCCGGGCCUGACCCUUGACAGCGACGAAGCCGGCGACACCUCCGCUGAAUCAACAGAUGCUACGAGCUCGCAGAUCAGCAGCAGCGCCGACAAGCCCUCCACUGAUGGAGACAGCGAGGCUUGUGCCAAGGAGAAGAAGUCGUCCGACGUCAAUUGCCUCGUAGUGAGGAAGCAACGGAAGAAGAGCAAAGCCGCCCAGUCAGAAACCGAGUCCGCAGAGUCGUCAACCGUCGAGAGCACCAGCGGCGAAGAGUCAACUUCUGAGGGAGUCUCAUCUGAGGCUAGCGGUAGCAAACCGGCUAUGGCAGAAUCCACAACGUCCGGGGAGACCUCAUCUGCUGGGGACAGCCAGACUGACGGCGCAUCUUCGAGCGCGGACGCCUCUUCCAGCGGGGACGCCUCUUCCAACGCGCCGUCAUCGAAUCCUGGCAAUUGGACACCCUCGGAGGAUGCCUUGAUCCUCAGCAUGAAGGAGGGCGGUGAGACAUGGGCGUCUAUCGGCAAUGCCAUUAACCGCGGAAAGAAUGAAGUCAAGAAGCGCUGGCACGUGGUAAAGGCGAACAACGCAAACUCGACUGAGUCUGGCAAUGACGCCAAGACCGAAACUGAGAAGACGGAAGACUCGACUGAGGAGAAGAAGCCCGAAGCCAAGACGGAGGAACAGAAGCCCGAGACCAAGGCCGAGAAGAAACAGAAGAAGAAGGCCAAACAGGAGCAGACUACCGAAUGCACAAAGAAGAAGACAAAGGAGCCCAAACAGAAGGAGGCAAAGGAGGAUGCUGUCGUCGAAUGCACCAAGGCAAAGACCAAGGAACACAAGCAAAGGCACAAGAAAGCCGCCAAGGAGGAACCAGCACCCGAGGAGUCUGAGUCUGAAGAGGAAGACGACGAGAACAGUUCGUCCUCCUACCGUGAACGCAUCAACCUCCUCCGCGACACCGAGUCCGAGUCCGACUCUUCGUCUUCCGCUACCAGCGAAGACGAUGCCGACAAGCCCGGUUACUACGAGCGCGAACUCGUCCGCCAGGAGCGCUACAUCCGCCGCCACGUCCACCCGGCCCUGUACCCUCCCAAGGCCGCCGUCCCCGUCCGCGCCCCGAGCCCGGCGGACAAGCAGCAGCGCCGCGACGACAAGGUCCUCGCGGCCGUGGCCUCGAGGCGCGAGGCGACGCGGUGGCUCGAGAUGCAGGCCAACUUCUUCAACGUCACGGGCCGCAUGGUCCCGCUGUACGCCAUCAAGGCCCGCUGCGAGGCCGAGGAGGACAGGGGCAAGGCCGCGGGCGUGAGAAGCUGGGCUUCCUCCGUGGCGGGCAGCCACGAGCUGCUUGACCCCUCCGAGCGGCCCGAGAUCCCGGAUGAUGCGCUCCUCAGCGACGAGGACUGA